GCAGGCUGGUGCAGUGCCCGGCGCUCACGGCAGGGUCUCCUCCUCCUCCUCCUCCUUCUCCGGGGAGCCUUGACGGCACCUUCUCCUCCGCCCGGCUCGCCGCCGCCGCAUCCCCGCCGCCGCGGCGCCCCGAGGAGGAGGAGAAGACGCGGCUGGGCCGCCGCCGUGAGAGGGGUCCCCGGCUGCCGCUCCCUACCUCGGCCGUCGCCCCCGAGGUCACCCCUCCGGCGGGGUCUCCGCUUUCUCCUCUCGCCGCCACCAGCGCCCGCUUACCGCCGCGAUGGGGCUCCUGGACUCGGAGCCAGGCAGUGUCCUGAACGUGGUGUCCACGGCGCUCAACGACACCGUGGAAUUCUACCGCUGGACCUGGUCCAUCGCAGACAAACGUGUGGAGAAUUGGCCUCUGAUGCAGUCCCCAUGGGCUACACUUUGUAUCAGCACUUUUUAUCUCCUAUUCGUGUGGCUGGGUCCAAAAUGGAUGAAGCACCGGGAACCUUUUCAGAUGCGCUUCGUGCUCAUUGUCUAUAAUUUUGGGAUGGUUUUGCUUAACCUUUAUAUCUUCAGAGAGUUAUUCAUGGGAUCAUAUAAUGCAGGAUAUAGCUAUAUUUGCCAGAGUGUGGAUUAUUCUGAUAAUGUUAACGAAGUCAGGAUAGCUGCUGCUCUGUGGUGGUACUUUGUGUCUAAAGGAGUCGAGUAUUUGGACACGGUGUUUUUUAUCUUGAGGAAGAAAAACAACCAAGUCUCCUUCCUUCAUGUCUAUCAUCACUGUACAAUGUUUACGUUGUGGUGGAUUGGAAUUAAGUGGGUCGCAGGGGGACAAGCAUUUUUUGGAGCCCAGUUGAAUUCCUUCAUCCAUGUGGUUAUGUACUCCUACUAUGGGUUAACUGCGUUUGGCCCAUGGAUUCAGAAGUAUCUUUGGUGGAAACGAUACCUGACUAUGUUGCAGCUGAUUCAGUUCCAUGUGACCAUUGGGCACACAGCGCUGUCUCUGUACACUGAUUGCCCCUUCCCCAAAUGGAUGCACUGGGCUCUCAUCGCCUACGCAAUCAGCUUCAUAUUCCUCUUUCUUAACUUCUAUGUCCGGACAUACAAUGAGCCUAAGAAAUCCCAAACUGGAAAAACGGCUGUGAAUGGUAUUUCAGCAAAUGGUGUGAACAAAUCAGAAAAACAGCUAGUGAUAGAAAAUGGAAAAAAGCAGAAAAACGGAAAAGCGAAAGGAGAGUAAAUUGAACUGGGCCUUAACUGUUGUUGACAGUGAGGAAGCUCCCGUUUCAUAUAUAAUUUCAGGGAAACAAGCAAAUGAGGGUUGGAGGAUGGGGAGAAAAAGGCAAAUGUGCUCUAUGUAUUAGUAACCUUUAGACUGAGUAAAGUGUUAAAUAUGAUACCCAGAUGUUUUAUUUAUGAAGUUUUUAUUUUAAACGUUUUUUUUAUUAGCCUUGCUGUUGUCCAGACCAAAGCAAUCAUUAUGUGACUUUGGAGACGCUCCGCCCUUCACAUCCGUUUGUCUAAUGCAUGAGACUUUUCAUGUAUCUUAUAUACAGGCAUUCUUCAGUCUGAUGAUCAAAGAAACACAGUCUUUAUGCAUUUUUUGGCUAAAUCACUAAUUACCUACGGAUUAAAAUCGGUCACCUUACAUUUUCUAGUCCAAAGCUGGAAAUGCAGAUACUGUAAAAUUUGCACAUUUGAAUUCGUUUGCUGACUGGAAUGGUCGAAUCUCUCCACCUCUAGUCUGAAUAUACCCCUUUAGAUGUAAUUAAAUUUUAAAAAUCUGAUGAACUCUGUAGACUCUUAGAGGCUCGAUGAUGAUGGUGUUGGUAAAAAUAAGAAGGAAUUACAGUAAAAUCCUGUCUGGUGACCCAGAGGUCACCAUGACUUGUGGCACAAAUCACUGUGGGGAACAAUUUUUGUGAUGAAAAGGCAGCCUUUCAAUACUCCUGUUACUAUCAGAAAUAUAUUAUGAAAAUUAAGAUUAUUGUCUGAUUGAAACAUGAAACAAUUUGUGUCUUUAUAAGUAACAUAAAAUAGUGACAUUUCUGUGCUGUUAGAAGAGAGUAUGUUGAUUUUUAUUCGGCUUUCCUUGUUUUGAUUUGUGGCUGUAACAGAUUUUUCAUAUGUGGAAAUAUACCUACCUCUUCUGUUGGAAAGAACAUUUAAAAUUAAAUAAAUUUUAAUUAAAAAUCAAGGAGUCUUCUAGUGUAAAUUUCAAUAUUAACUUUAGAAUCCACUAGUCUUUUUUUUUGCUUUUUUACAAAUAGCUUACACCAAACUUUUCUGUGAAAUGAUCCUUAUCUUUGAUUGUGUUUAAUUUUGGAGUGAUAUUUUCCUUGUGAAAAAGUUGCAAGAUCAUAUUUAUUAGCUAGAUAUGAAGAGUAAACCCAUUUUGGUGCAAUAUUCUUGACUCCUUGGUGCUAAAGAUCAUUAAAUUCAGUGCUUGAUUGUUGCAAGGUAUUAAUUAUUAAGACACAAAAUGAAUAAAAGAGAAAGCAGACAAAACUAUAAAAUUCAAUUUGCUAUUUACAAAUGAAGUAUUUCAUGUACUAUAAAUGAACAACCGGAGAUUCGCUGGGAAAGAAGCAUGUACAGUGUCAUAUUACACAGGUUCGUUUGUUAGGGUGUGUUGCACAGGCAUCAUAGAAAGAGAAAAUGUGACCAAAAAAGCAUGAAUAUUUCUAGGUAUCUCAACAUGUCCAAACUGCAUGAGCAGAAUGUGUGCUGUUUGUGCAGACAAACUAUUUCAGAGUAUUUUGUAAACUAUAAAAUAUUUGUUGUGCAUUAAAAUUACAUACUUUUUCCCCAAAGGCAUGCAGUCAUAAGAAUUAUAGAAAAUUUGCAACACAUAUAAUAGUUUGAUCUAAGAGGAUUCAACACUUUGUUUUGCUACUCAGUGUGUAAUGACUAGAGAUUUGUAAAUCUUUGUGAACGUUCUGUACUGGGUCCCCAGAGCUAUUCAUUCUCUGCUACCUGAUUUCAGCACAAUAAAUAUACUACUGCUGUGGG